GUGACGCAGGAGAAGGCCCUGUAGUAGCCUAUCUUUUACUGUCUGUGCCUGUAGCAGACUGAACACUCUUGCAAAUUGAAGUGCUUUUUAGAAUAAAAUUACAAUAAUGCCAAAAGUGAAGAGGAGCAGAAAGCCUCCUCCAGACGGUUGGGAGUUAAUUGAACCCACUUUGGAUGAGCUCGAUCAAAAAAUGAGAGAAGCUGAAACAGAACCUCAUGAAGGCAAACGUAAAGUUGAAUCCCUCUGGCCAAUAUUCAGAUUGCACCACCAGCGCAGUCGGUACAUUUUUGACCUGUUUUAUAAAAGAAAGGCUAUCAGUAGAGAGCUGUACGAUUAUUGCAUAAAGGAGGGCUAUGCGGACAAAAACCUCAUCGCAAAAUGGAAGAAACAAGGUUAUGAAAACCUGUGCUGUUUGAGAUGUAUUCAGACACGGGACACCAACUUCGGAACCAACUGUAUUUGCAGAGUUCCCAAAAGCAAACUCGAAGUGGGACGCAUCAUCGAAUGUACACAUUGUGGAUGCAGAGGCUGCUCUGGAUGAAACGCAAGAUGCCUUCAAUGGGACAUCAGGGCUCAUUCAACUUUGAUCUGUAUGUUUUUAAAAGAUCCCUGCCCAUACUUGGAUUUCCAUUCCAGAUUAUACGUCUGUAGUGUAUAUCAUGAGAGGUCGUGGAUGUUUUUUUUUAUAUAUAUAAAUUUAAUUUUCGUGAUAAGUUGUUAUCAUACUUUAUUACAUAUUAUUUCCCAUGCCACUGUGUAUUGUCAUUUGAAAUAAAACUCUUUUUGCUGUA